AUGGUCUCCCAUCUCUUUUGGUUGUUGGCAGCGAUGUCUACUUUCACCAUCCUGUCCUCUGCUACUUUGGCGGCGCCCAUGCUCCCGGCGGAAGAGCAACAUGAAUUGAGCCGCACCACAGAGUUUGCCAUUGACAACGACAAGGGUAAAGCAGCCGUCGCUUUUUCAAACCUCGGAAAGCGGCUGUAUCGACGUGGGGCCAAGGUUGGCCUGAAUACGGACUCAGCCUUGCGUCUGCAACAGCGACAUUCUGAUAUGAUCUCACCAAGUAACAUUCACAAGAGGUGGGAGCUUCCAGGAGAAGAACUCUCGUGGCAUGGAAACGACGUCGGAAUCAAGCUUGAGAGACGCGAGUCAGAGCACGUCAAGAGUGUGGACUGA